ACCACUCUCCACUCUUGCUCUCCAGCAGCCAACGAGACCUCCUCUCUGCACACAGACAGUUGCCACUGUCAAAGGAGAGACCGGACCACCACCAGCCCAACAACUCCAAGCGCCACCAUGCUGUCGAUGAAGAUGACCCACGCGGCAGGCCUCCUCCUGCUCGUCCUGGCGGCCUACGUCCAAGCCGACGAGACGCAGCUGGUGCCGGCCAGUGGCAAGACGUACCUGGAGACGGCGCUCGAGAGGCUGCACAGCUACGGCGAGGCGGUCAGCGGCGACAAGGCGGACGGCAUCAUGACCGAGGCCCGCGAGUUCGUGGAGCAAUUCAUGGAGGAGUUCCAGGCGAAGGCGCUCCCCGAGGGGGUCACGACGCACAAGCUCGCCGAGGAGAUGGCCGAGGCGGCCAACGCCAAGCUGGUGCCCAUCCUGCAGGCGGCCAAGGCCGGCAUUGAGCGCGCCACGGCCCACCUGCACGAAUCGGCGCCGCUCAUCAUCAAGGUGCGCGGCUUCAUCGAGUCCAAGCGCGGCGUGAUGUGGGCCUACCUGGCGGCGCUGGCUGAGCGGGCGAAGAAGGCCAAGCUGGAUGACACCCUCAAGGGCGUACGAGAUGGCUUGACGGCCCUCACCAUGUCCAGCCUUGGACUGAUGAAGGAGGUGAAGGAGAUCGCGAGCGCGCCGCCACCCGCUCAAUAAGAAGUCCUGCCGAGGAGAGGGGGUCAUGGCAAAGCCGUGCGUUGCUGCCAACUCCCAGGGUGGAGAAGGUUUAGUUGGUAGUGGAGCCCUUCCCCUCUUUCUUAAGUGCUGCUCUCUCUGAAAAAAAAAUAUAUACGUGAGAUCAUUUCCUUGGGGGAAAUUUUUUGUUGUUGCCCUAAAUGUUUCUUCGGGUUGUUGUGUGGGGCAGCUUGAAGUGCAGGCGGGGAUUGCCCUCCAGAGUUGUCAUCGAGGCCACCUGAAAAAAAAUGUUUGAGCGGACUGUCGGGAAAGUUUCGGGUAGAGGCCACUUUUUCGACUGCUUGAAAUGUUCUUUAAAAGUCUGCAUGAAUCUUUUUUUUUUAUUGAGUUGUCCCCAAUUUUCACGUUCAUCUGGUGUGUGGAGGUUUUUUUUUCUUUCGAGUUUGCAUGUUCGAUGAUAAAUUUAACAACAAAAAAACUUCAUGAUCCUUGUCAUGGAUUUCAGCUCGAGUUCAUGCUUGGAUUUAGAGAUUUUUUUUCAUCUUUGUUUUGGGGGUAUCUGCGACUAAAAUGUGUGUCACCCUUUGGUAGUAGUAACGAACGAAUGGACAAUAUCUGGUCUGCGUCCUUUGAUGAAUAUUACGUCCGGCUCUUUUGAACCGGGGGAAAGAGAUGUAACUCAAGUUAACGUUUCCAAAAUUACACUCUCGCGUCUUUGAGACUUGCAAGAGGGUCGGCGUAGUUGACAAGCGCUUUGUGGGAAGUAGAUUUUAGUUUGGUUUUACGAGAAUGAUUUUUAAGAGAUCCCUUGCGCUAAACCCGUAUUUUUCCUUCCCUUUACGUACUUGUGAAACGUGCAACGGGACGCAUUCGUGAUCGGGUGGCGAGAAAGGAGACAGCUUUACGCCUUUUUUUUGGUGGCGAACGUAACACAAAUCUACAAUUAGAUUUGUUUUUUUUAAAUAUGACCGUUUCCCACCAAAAAAAAAUGCUGACCACCUUAACUCUAUAUCUACAUACACAUUCGCGCGACUAAUAACGAGUUAGUGGAAAAUACAAUGCGUGUAAAAAAUAAUAUAACCAGAUAAUAAUACGCAGAUUUUGCUUUGACGGUAUAUGUAGGAAUGCCGUCAUUCCAGCUCAAAAUAUCACCGUCGCGUUAUUCCCGAGGUAACAUCGAGUUUAUUUUGUUUUACUUUCAAGACUUAACCCGUUAUUAAUCGUGCGAAAUGACUUGACGAUGUUUGUUCCCCCAAAAUGAAUUACGGUCUUUAAACACAUUGUUUAAAAAAAAGUUUUAUUUACGCGAGCAUGCAUGCCGCCCAUUUCCGUUGUUGGUCAACAAGUCCAAUCUCGUGUUUUACUUUUGUCUUGCAGACACAAAUAAUUGUGGUGUUUAGAGCCAUGACUUCAUGUUCAAUCCAAUAAAAAUUGUGAUCGGUGAAAGUGA